AAGAGGGGGGAACACUUCUGAUCGGAGGCUCAGCGGCGCAGGAUAGUUGAGAGGAGCUGCAGAGAGGAGCAGACGAGUGCGGGAGAGAGGGCGUCCCAUCCGUCAACUAGCUGGAGGAAGCCACACUAAAAAACACUUAUGGCUGCUUGAGAAAUAAAGAUACCCCCCUACCCCCCUUUCUCUCUCUCUCUCUCUCUCUUUCUCUCUGGGACUUUUUUUUUUUUUUUUUUUUUUUUGGCUCUCAGUUCUGUCCUGAUCAGAAGUUGGUGCGAGUCUAAUUAGUUGUCCUCAGUUGAAAAGUUAAUCCACUUUUUCCGUGGACGUCUCUGGCGGUCAUGGAUACCCAUAUAAGAUGGAAAGUAAAACGGAGGAUAAGGGACGCCCAAAUCACUAUAGCGGUGAUUCUGCUUUUCGUCACAUCACAAGCAAGUUCAGUGGAACUAGUGGACCUCUUGAAGAGUUUAGAUUUUCAAAGUUUACCUGAGGGAGUUACAAAAACAACGGGUUUCUGCUCACAUAGGCGGUCAACACAAGGACCCGAUGUGGCCUACAGAGUAUCCAAAGACGCCCAUCUCAGCGCCCCCACCAAACAGCUGUAUCCAGGUGAUGUGUUCCCGGAGGACUUUUCCAUCUUGGCCACAGUGAAGCCUAACAAGGGCAGCCAGUCCUUCCUGCUGUCUGUGUACAACGAACAGGGCAUCCAGCAGCUCGGACUGGAAGUGGGUCGCUCCCCCGUCUUCCUGUACGAGGACCACACGGGGAAACCCAGCCCCGAGGACUACCCCCUCUUCAGAGGAGUCAACCUCGCUGACGGAAAGUGGCAUCGAGUGGCCAUCAGUGUGCACAAGCAGACCAUCACCCUCAUUCUGGACUGUAAAAAGAAGACCACCCAGAAGCUGCUCCGAAGUGCCCACCCCAUCAUCGACACCAAAGGAAUUGUAGUAUUUGGAACGAGAAUACUUGAUGAAGAGGUCUUUGAGGGAGACAUCCAGCAGCUAAUGAUUGCAGCAGACCACCGUACUGCCUAUGAUUACUGUGAGCAUUACAGCCCUGAUUGUGAAGUGCCAGUGCCCGACCAGCCUCAGGCCCAGGAUCCCAACACAGAUGAAUAUAACACUGAGGAAGACAGCUACUACUACGAAUACCCCUACUAUGAGGACAUGGAUGGCAAACCUUAUGAAGCCACCCCUGGUGCUGAGGAUACAACCACAAAAGAAGUCAAGGUGACAGGAGGAGACACUGUGGUUACCACAGUAAAGGAAGUUGUCAGGGGUGGUUCCGGUGGUACCGAGGGCAGGGUGGUGACCUCUGUGUCCACUGGCUCAUCAUCCAGCUCAUCAUCCAGUUCAUCCAGCAGCUCCUCAGGUACCGCCACCGCCGAAGGUGAUGCCUAUGGCGAGAAGACCGGCGAGUAUGACGGCUACGAUGCCUAUGGCAACUAUGAGACCUACUACGACGAGUCUACAGCGGCACCUGACACCUCCCGUCGUGUCACCAUAACCAGCACAGGCACUGGGGGCGUAUUGGAUCUGGGGCUGGGGUCAAAUAUUGACUUGGGCACAGGGACUGAGAUCGAGAGGAAGGUCAUCACCGGUGGAGGAGGAACAUCAGUUACCAUCACAACCAACAAAACCACAGUGGGAACUUCCUAUGAUGACAGCUACGGGGAAGGCUAUGAAUAUGGUGUCGAGGACCACUACACCACUGGUGGAGGAGGCAGCAGCAGCAGCAGCAGCACUGUGCACAUUGGUGGUGGAGGAGGCAGUAGCAGCAGCAGCAGCACUGUAAACAUUGGUGGUGGAGGAGGCAGUAGCAGCAGGACCAUCACCAUUGGGGGUGGGUCUUCUGGAGGAGGUUCUGUGUCUGUAGGUGGCGGUUCUGUCACUGGCGGUGGAUCUUCCAGUGCUGGAGGUGGAUCUUCCAGUGCUGGUGGUGGAUCGGCCAGUGCCGGGACUGGAGCCGGGGGGUCUGUUGCCACAGGAACGGGUCUUGACCUGGGCCUGGGUGGCGAAGGGGACUACACAGAUCUGGAUGGAUUCAAGGAGGAGCACAUCACCGACUAUGGAGAUUUGGACCAGGACCUGUAUGAUGGCUAUGACCUGGAUUAUGGCGACAAAGAGGGAAAAGUGCUGCCUGCUGAGACCGAUGAGUAUUAUGGACAGGUUGACGGAGUUCGCGGUGAGAAGGGACAGAAGGGAGAGCCUGCUGUUAUUGAGCCUGGGAUGUUGGUGGAGGGUCCGCCUGGGCCUGAAGGGCCAACAGGUCUCCCUGGACCCCCAGGUGCCUCUGGCCCACCAGGAAGCUCUGGAGACCCUGGAGAUAGGGGUCCUACCGGUCGCCCUGGUCUUCCUGGCGCUGAUGGUCGGCCAGGACCCCCUGGAACUGUCCUGAUGCUGCCUUUCCGUUUCAGCGCCGGAGGUGACUCUGGACAGAAGGGACCUGCUGUAUCUGCACAGGAAGCCCAGAUGCAAGCCAUCAUGCAGCAGGCCAGGCUGGCUAUGCGUGGCCCCACAGGCCCAAUGGGUUUGACUGGCAGACCCGGUCCUCUGGGUCCUCCUGGUGUUUCAGGAUUGAAGGGAGAAUCUGGAGAGUCGGGACCUCAGGGACCCCGUGGACCUAUGGGAUCCGGUGGACCUCCUGGAAAGCCUGGCAGAAGGGGGCGUCCUGGAGCCGACGGUGCUCGGGGCAUGCCAGGACAGACUGGCCCUAAGGGAGACCGAGGAUUUGAUGGUCUCGCUGGGCUUCCUGGCGAAAAGGGACACCGAGGUGAACCUGGACCCUCUGGACCCCCCGGUAGCACAGGAGAGGAUGGAGAGAGGGGAGAUGAUGGAGAGAUCGGACCCAGGGGACUCCCCGGUGAACCAGGACCUCGCGGGCUGCUGGGACCAAAGGGACCUCCUGGACCUCCGGGACCCCCUGGCGUUACCGGGACGGAUGGCCACCCAGGACCCAAAGGAAACAUUGGGCCUCAAGGAGAGCCAGGUCCCCCUGGACAGCAAGGCAACCCAGGUGCACAGGGACUUCCAGGUCCCCAGGGAGCCAUUGGACCUCCAGGAGAGAAGGGACCAACUGGAAAGCCAGGCCUGCCAGGAAUGCCGGGAGCUGAUGGUCCACCGGGUCACCCUGGAAAGGAGGGACCUUCUGGAGAGAAAGGACACAUGGGCCCUCCUGGCCCUCAAGGACCCAUUGGUUAUCCCGGGCCCAGAGGCGUGAAGGGAGCCGAUGGUGUAAGAGGCCUGAAAGGGAACAAGGGUGAAAAGGGCGAGGACGGCUUCCCUGGCUUCAAGGGAGACAUGGGCAUCAAGGGUGACAGGGGAGAGCUUGGACCAGCAGGACCAAGGGGAGAAGACGGUCCCGAGGGGCCCAAGGGUCGCUCAGGUCUCCCUGGCGACGCUGGUCCUCUCGGCCCCACUGGUGAGAAGGGUAAACUCGGUGUUCCCGGGUUGCCUGGAUACCCAGGAAGACAAGGACCAAAGGGAUCUCAGGGUUUCCAAGGUUUCCCUGGUGCCAACGGAGAGAAAGGAACUCGGGGAACCGCAGGAAAAGCCGGCCCAAGAGGACAGAGAGGACCAACGGGACCUCGCGGAGAGAGAGGACCACGAGGACCCACGGGAAAAGCUGGACCAAAGGGUAACUCAGGAAGUGAUGGCCCUCCAGGACCUCCCGGGGAGAGGGGUCUGCCAGGACCUCAGGGACCAACAGGAUUCCCAGGACCAAAGGGCCCACCUGGACCUGCUGGGAAAGACGGACUGCCUGGACACCCUGGACAGAGAGGAGAGACUGGCUUCCAAGGGAAGACUGGCCCACCUGGCCCUCCGGGUGUGGUUGGACCUCAGGGACCAACAGGUGAGACUGGACCAAUGGGAGAUCGGGGCCACCCUGGACCCCCAGGCCCACCUGGUGAGCAAGGUUUACCUGGAGCUGCAGGAAAAGAGGGAGCCAAGGGUGACCCAGGCCCUGCUGGCCCAGCAGGUAAGGACGGCCCUCCUGGACAAAGAGGUUUCCCUGGAGAUAGAGGUCUGCCCGGCCCUGUGGGGGCUCAUGGCCUGAAAGGGAAUGAGGGUCCUAACGGCCCACCUGGUCCUGCUGGCUCUCCUGGUGAGCGCGGUCCUGCUGGCCCAGCUGGACCUACCGGCCUCCCAGGACGUCCUGGCCCCCAGGGACCUCCAGGCCCUGCUGGAGAAAAGGGUGGACCGGGAGAGAAAGGACCUCAAGGCCCAGCUGGUAGAGAUGGUAUUCAGGGACCUGUGGGUCUGCCAGGGCCCGGAGGACCUCCCGGACCCCCAGGAGAGGACGGCGACAAGGGAGAAAUUGGUGAGCCCGGCCAGAAGGGAAGCAAGGGUGACAAAGGAGAACAUGGUCCCCCUGGUCCGACCGGCCCUCAAGGACCUGUUGGAGCGCCUGGUCCUGCUGGUGCUGAUGGUGAGCCCGGUCCCAGAGGUCAGCAGGGUCUCUUUGGCCAGAAGGGAGAUGAAGGCUCAAGAGGAUUCCCUGGACCCCCAGGCCCAGUUGGGCUGCAGGGCUUGCCUGGUCCCCCUGGUGAGAAAGGUGAAACUGGAGACGUUGGCCAAAUGGGUCCACCUGGACCUCCUGGCCCCCGAGGCCCCUCAGGACCUCCAGGAGCUGACGGCCCUCAGGGACCCCCUGGUGGUAUUGGAAACCCUGGUGCUGUUGGAGAAAAAGGAGAUGCCGGUGAAACAGGAGAGCCAGGUCUUCAGGGAGAAGUUGGCCCACCAGGUCCAAGGGGAGAGCGAGGAGAGAAGGGAGAGGCUGGCCCUGCGGGUGCAGCUGGACCUCCUGGCCCUAAGGGUCCCCCUGGAGAUGAUGGUCCCAAAGGCAGCCCUGGUCCUAGUGGUUUCCCUGGUGAUCCUGGCCCCCCUGGAGAGCCCGGUCCAGCUGGAAUAGACGGUCCACCUGGUGACAAAGGAGAUGAUGGAGAGCCUGGUCAACCUGGUUCCCCUGGACCCACUGGAGAGUCUGGCCCCUCUGGCCCACCAGGAAAGAGAGGACCACCCGGAGUUGCAGGACCUGAGGGAAGACAAGGAGAGAAGGGAGCCAAGGGAGAGCCUGGUUUGGAAGGUCCCCAAGGAAAGACAGGCCCUGUAGGUCCUCAAGGAUCACCUGGAAAGCCUGGUUCUGAAGGACUUAGGGGCAUCCCUGGUCCAGUUGGAGAGCAAGGUCUUCCUGGUUCCCCAGGCCCUGAUGGACCCCCAGGACCCAUGGGUCCUCCUGGUCUCCCCGGUCUGAAAGGAGACUCUGGCAUAAAGGGAGAAAAGGGCCACCCAGGUCUCAUCGGUCUCAUCGGACCCCCAGGUGAACAAGGAGAAAAGGGUGACAGAGGUCUUCCUGGUCCUCAGGGAUCAGCUGGUUCCAAAGGAGAUACUGGUAUUGCUGGUCCUUCAGGUCCACUUGGUCCCCUCGGUCCUCCAGGAUUACCUGGUCCCCCUGGUCCUAAGGGAGCUAAGGGAUCAUCUGGUCAAACUGGUCCAAAGGGAGAGACUGGUGUUCCUGGACCCCCUGGACCUCCUGGCCCACCUGGCGAUGUUAUCCACCCACUUCCCAUCCAGGCUCCCACUAAGGGCAGAUCACGCAGGAACAUCGAUGCCAGCCAGGUUGUGGAUGAUGCGGCGGCGGAUGCCAACUACAAGGAUUAUGAUGAUGGCAUGGAGGAAAUCUUUGGCUCCCUCAACUCCCUCAAACUGGAGAUUGAGCAGAUGAAGCACCCACUGGGCACGCAAGCCAACCCCGCCCGCACCUGCAAGGACCUGCAGCUCUGCCACCCCGACUUCCCUGAUGGUGAGUACUGGAUUGAUCCCAACCAGGGCUGCUCUCGGGACUCCUUCAAGGUGUACUGCAACUUCACAGCAGGUGGAGAGAGCUGCAUCUUCCCAGAUAAGAAGUCUGAAGGGGCUAGGCUCACUUCCUGGGUAAAGGAGAUCCCUGGUUCCUGGUUCAGUGAAUUCAAACGUGGUAAACUGCUCUCCUACGUGGAUGCCGAAGGUAACCCCAUUGGUGUGGUUCAGAUGACUUUCUUGCGGUUGCUGAGUGCAGCCGCCAGACAGAACAUGACGUACAACUGCUACCAGUCAGCCGCCUGGCAUGACCAGGAACAGGACAACUACGACAAGGCCAUCCGCUUCCUCGGCUCCAAUGAUGAGGAAAUGUCCUACGAUAACAACCCUUACAUCCGCGCCGUGGUUGAUGGCUGUGCAUUGAAAAAGGGCUAUGAAAAGACAGUACUUGAGAUCAACACACCAAAGGUGGAACAGGUGCCAUUUGUUGACAUCAUGUUCAACGAUUUUGGCGGCGCCACGCAGAAGUUCGGAUUCGAAGUGGGCCCUGUCUGUUUCAUCGGCUAAGACUGUUUACUGAACAAAUGGAGAAAAAAAGCAUAUUUUUUUGUUUUCUCAGAAACAAAACAAAUGAAAAAAAAAAAAAAAAAAAAAAAAAACGGGACAAUUUCUAUUUGUAAAAAAAAACAACUUUUUUUUUUUUUCCAAAAGCAACAAGUAUGAGUAAAAUAAAAAAAUCAAGAUGAGAAUACAGUGAAAUUCUAUAGGAAUUAUAUUAAAAAAAAAAAUGAAAAAGAGCAACCUUGAAACCUCAGUGUGCCUUCUCCAUCACAUGCAAGUUUUGAAACUGGAUGUCAGGUCCUGCCCCCGUUCCUCUGACCCUACACGAGCACGUGCACACACAUAGACACACACACACACAUGCACACACGUACACAUACACAUACACAUGCAUACUCUCAGUCCCACCCCCAGCUCAGCACACUUGAUGUAGAUUCAUUUUUGUCCCACAUAUCGAAGGCAACCUUGAGAGCUGCGCCUGGGUCAGGAGGUCGCAGUGUUUGCCAUGGACUCCAUCCGAUUUGGCUGUUUCCUAUCUUCAGUUUUGAUCUCAUGUUUUCCCUCAUCUCCCCUGCUUUCUCUACUUGUCUUUGUCGGUUUGUUUGCUCAUUCACUAUGGGAGCUUCGUUUGUGCAUAAUUGUCUCCCAUUCUCUUGGAAUGGAUCUUAUAUUAAUAUAAUAAAUAAUUUUUAUGUUUGUAAGUACAUUCUGUAUAUUUUUUUUUUUUUCCUGGUAAUGUUUUAUUGGUUCUGGCUUCAAAACAUGCAUGUGACUUUCUCAAUUUCGAGGUAGGAGAUGAUAGUUAUCGGGA